CUGCAACCGGCUGCUACAGCACACCUACUAUACCUACUACUCUGCUACAACACAUUUAUUUCCACUAGGUAUUAUAAACCGUAUAUUGUUCAUGCUACGUCAGUACGUCAGUGAUGCGGUGCUAAGUUCCUUAUCGUGUUUCUUUGGUUGUUAAGAAAAAGGCAAAAUUUCAGCCACACUGGCAACCCACAUGGCUCUAGGACUAAGCUCCGGACUUUGUUCCGGAAGCUCCGGGCCGGGUUCCGGAGGACAUUCGGACACAUCCUCGUCCCCAGGUGUUAGUGUUCCUAUUCCAGUCGCGCCGACGGCCAUGCUCCCGAACCCCAUGUUCGCCUUGCCUACCUUGAACUUUACCGUCAGCCAAGUGGCGGCCGUUUGUGAGACUCUGGAAGAAAGUGGUGAUAUCGAAAGACUAGCUAGGUUUUUGUGGUCGUUACCGGUGGCGCAUCCCAACAUAGGUGAACUCAACAAGAACGAAGCUGUGCUUAGAGCCAGAGCAAUAGUGAGUUUUCAUAGUGGUAAUUUCAGAGACUUGUACACCAUCCUAGAAACGCACAAGUUCACCAAGGGUUCGCACGGGAAAUUGCAAGCGAUGUGGCUCGAAGCGCACUACCAGGAAGCCGAAAAGCUUCGCGGACGAGCUCUAGGACCUGUAGACAAAUAUCGGGUGCGGAAAAAAUUCCCUUUGCCGCGUACUAUUUGGGAUGGCGAGCAAAAAACGCAUUGUUUUAAGGAAAGGACGAGGAGUUUGCUAAGGGAAUGGUAUCUGCAAGAUCCCUAUCCCAAUCCGACGAAAAAACGGGAGCUCGCCCAAGCGACGGGACUCACUCCUACCCAAGUUGGAAACUGGUUUAAGAACCGACGACAACGCGACAGAGCAGCUGCAGCCAAAAAUAGGAUGCAACAUCAACAGCUGGCCGCCCAGUUGGCAAAUCACGGAGGAAGCGGAAGACAGCCUCCAUUGAGUCCUACGCCUUCGGACUCGGAUUCGGACAUUUCCUUGGGAGCGCACUCGCCGCCAAUUAGUUCCCCAGGUCCACUGCGUUUCGGAACAUCCUCUCCAAACCCUAUGACAUCGUUUAGAUUUGGAGCGCAUUCGCCAGGCCCAAUGCCGGUGCAAUUCCGCUUCGGAAACCAUACCCCGCCUAGUUUCAGAAUGGAUAGACAAUCCUCUCCACCGCCGAACUUCAGAAAGUACCGCAACGAAGAGUCGCCAAUUAACGAGUCCAAUAGGUACAACUCCAGAUUGGAUUCCGAAUCACCCAUAGAAGUGGAUUCGAAUCCUGAAUACACUCACGAUAAAGACAGUAUGACUCCUCCACAAACCUCCCCUCCCAUGAACCUUAGAAUAGCCGACAACCUGCGGAACAUGUCGGAAAGUUUGAAAAUAGAACAACCUCUACCUCUACGGUUGCAAGGCCAUCCUCUAUCGGCAGGAACGCUUUCCACACCGUUAAGGAUCCAAGUGGCUUCCUCUGGAGGAAGGCUGGGAGGACGGACUUCCCCCCACACGAACUUGAAUCUUGCACACAGCGGAAUUGUGAGAAUUGCGCCGCCAAGUCCCACGUCGAACCCCCCGCCAAUUUUGCACAGGCCCUUCUCGCCCACAAGGCUCACGUGAUAUCCGUCUUGCGAGUGGAAGUAAUUGUAAAUAUGAUUCUUGCAAUAUUGUCUGUUUAUAAGUCGCUUUUAGUUAUUCAUCUUGAGCAAGGAUUAAAAAGUCUUCUGCCAAAGUGUAAAUUUAAAAUUCUAGAAACGAUUAUAUCCCAUUCUUCAUGAGAGACUGGAAUUUAUAAUGAUACAAAAACUGGUUUAAAAGGUCUUUGAAAUACGUAUAUGGGGUUGAUCAAUGAUCAAUGGUUAUCGUUUCUGGAAUAUGAUGUUUUUCGUUUGACAGGAGAGUUUUUAAACACCAUCUGCAACGAAUUUCGAAAUUCAAUAACAAACAAAACCUUCUUUUUG